GAAAGUACAGAAUUGUUUUUGGAGGAAGCCAAGAACAGAACCUCCGUACUCUUAACACAGAUGCACAAUAUACCCUGGACAAAACAUCACGAUGCAGUGCGGGACUUUUUUACACAUUUAGAUAAAUAUAUCAUAGGAGAAAAAGACACUUUACAUGACAGUGUCCAUACAUUCUUCAGUAGACUCUUUCCAUCAGUGUUUUAUUAUACUUUAAACGAUCCAUCAUUUUUACAAAUGGACAAUGAAUACCAUGAUUGCCUUUCAAAUCAUUCAGAUCAGAUCCGACCUUUUGGAAAAGUGCCUCAAAAUUUGCAGAAAAAACUUCAGCAUUCCUUACGCCGCUCGCGCUCCUUCGUUACCUUGCUGACGGAUAUUGUUGAAGUCAUGGAAACCACAGAUAACCUCCACGUGGAUUCCGACUGUGUGGAUGCAGUCACCCGUCUGCAAUACUGUUCUCGUUGCCAUGGAUACACAGAAGUUCAACCCUGUCGUGGAUUCUGUUUGAAUGUUAUGAGAGGGUGUCUGGCUAAAUUGUCUGAUAUCAGUCAUGCCUGGGAUUCGCUGGUGUCCUCCUUUAGAAAUCUGGUCAUCAACAUGAAGACAAGUCGUACCAGUAGUUUAAAAACGGUACUCAUGUCCAUAGAUAAAUCGGUAUUUGAUGGUAUAUUAGAAGCUAUGCAAGGUGGACCUAGAAUCCAUGCUUCUGUAAGUACCUUUUUAGUUAAUGAUAUAUACUAA